AGCUAGUGUUGCUGCUGCGGUGGUUGUCGCUGCAGGCGCCAUUUGUACCCCAAUUGUUCGUCGUUGACAAAAUCUUCUCUCUCCCAAAACAAAAUAAGAAACAAUAGCUGGUGAAGCGCGCAUUUUUUUUUUCAUUGUCAACACCAACGACGCCUGCACGCAUCCCAUCAUGUCCUCCUUUGUAGCUCUGCAGGAGAAGCUCCCCGAGCACUGGGCGGCAAUGGCGCGGCCCUAUCUGCUGCGCUCGGCUGAGUUUGAAGACAAGGAGCCGCUCGUCGCCUACUUCCUGCGCACCCACGUCGCGUUCCUCUGCAUGAAGCUGCGCAAGAAGGAUGACAAGGCCGGUACGGCCUUUCUCAUGGCCCUGCUCGAAACACUCGAGGCCGACAAAGCGAAGCUCGGCGCCCGACUCGACGGCGUCGACGGUCGCACAACGCUCACGCGGUGCGCAUUGAUGCUCUUCGCACGCGCCGAUGACGCGGAGCGCACCGGGAACGCCUCCAUGGCGCUUGUCCGACUCUUCUACACCUCCGCGUUGCUCUUGGAGGCGACGGCGCAGUUCACGCCGGACGGCAACAUGGACGCCGUCGCAGCGCAGAAGUGCAAGUACGCCAAGUACAUCGCGGCCCGCAUGAAGAAGGCGCUCGACGCCAAGGAACCGUACGUCAGCCCCAACAAGAUCGAGGAGGUCGAGGGCGGGCCCGAGGCGGCGAACAUCGGCUCGAGCGGCAACUUUACCACGGUCCCGGCGAGCUGCUUCUCGCGACCCGGCUCAAACACGACCGCGGCGACACCGCCGAAGACGACGGGGGAUGGGAAGGAGCGGAUGCCCGUGCUACCGCCGCCUCCGUCACCGCAGCCCAUGCCCGCAGAUAGCACGAAUGUACCGCCGCCGGCCUACACCUACGACUCGAACGCGUUCAGCAGCCAUAACACCUCCUCCCUCCCGCCUCCAACGACGCUGCAGGCACCGUUGAACAGAAACAGCGCCGUUCCCGCCCCGCGCAUCACCCCCGGCAGCAACACCGGCGGCACACCGAGCCUGCCGGCGGUGGUGGGGCCAGCCGCGCAGCGGCAGAGUGCGGGCACGCUGCACGAUAGCAACAACAGCAAAAGCAGCAACGUUGCCAGCCCGUAUCCGAGUUUGAGCGGUGGUGGUGGUGGUGGUUUUAAGCCCUCGGUGGACCAGAUGAUCGACGCGCAGAAGUUUGCGAGUCGUGCCGUGAGUGCACUGCAGUUUUACGACUACGAAAAUGCCAAGAAGCAGCUGAUUGCCGCGAUGCAGAUCCUAAACGGUGUCAAUCAGUAG